AUGCAGCUACUUCUUGAACAGCUUCAUGUAAAAAAAACUAUACGAAUUCCAGUGAUUCACAGCCAAUUUCAAGAAGAAGUCUACAGUUUAGCCCAGUUUAUCCCUUAUUUUUAAAGAAUUAUCCGAAUUAUCGCAACAGUCGGUAAAGAGUUGCCACUUGUCGCCAGUUGCGUAUUCUUCAUAUUCCGAGUUGGAGCGCCAGUUCCGACUGUACAAUUUUGUAUGAAAUUUUCACGAAAGACAGUUUAUUCGUUUUAAUAAAAACAAUACUGAAAAUUUAGUAAUAAUUAGACUUCUAAUUAAUAAAUAUAAUUUUCAUAUACAUAGAUAAUCGCUUUGGACUUAUUUUAGUAUUCGUGUUGGUAUCUUGGGUAUAUAUUGCCACGUCGAGACUUUAAGUUCAAAAGCCAAAUCCAGUUUGACAGAUGCCAAAAUGGUUAAAGACGAUCGAACGAAAGAACAUAUAAAAGAGUUGACAAAACAUGAUAAAUAUUCGAUUUUAUUACCUACGUAUAACGAGAGAGAAAACUUGCCAAUAAUAAUAUGGCUUAUCGUCAAGUACAUGGAUGAGUGUGGAAGUGGCUAUGAAGUCAUAGUGAUCGAUGACGGUUCUCCAGAUGGUACGCAGGACGUUGCGAAGCAACUGCAAAAAAUUUAUGGAGAAGAGAAAAUACUGUUAAGACCAAGAGAAAAGAAAAUGGGUCUCGGAACAGCAUACAUACAUGGAAUUAAACAUGCUAGUGGGAAUUUCAUUGUUAUAAUGGAUGCUGAUCUUUCUCACCAUCCAAAAUUUAUUCCAAAAAUGAUUGAGCUACAGAGAUACUUGGACCUAGACAUUGUCAGUGGUACAAGAUACAUUGGAGAUGGUGGUGUUUACGGUUGGGACUUCAAGAGAAAAUUAGUUAGUAGAGGCGCCAAUUUUUUAACACAGCUAAUGCUGAGACCUGGGGCUAGCGAUUUGACUGGUAGUUUCAGACUAUACAAAACGCACGUACUGGAAAAACUCAUUGAAUCUUGCGUGUCCAAGGGCUAUGUAUUCCAAAUGGAAAUGAUAGUCAGAGCCCGACAACUCAACUACACAAUAGGCGAGGUUCCUAUAAGUUUCGUUGACCGGGUAUACGGAGAAUCGAAACUUGGUGGUUCUGAGAUAUUCCAGUUUAUUAAAGGUCUUCUAUAUUUAUUUGCCACCACAUAGCCAAAAAUUAACUUUUAACAAUUGUUCCAUGUACAAUAAAGGCCUUCACAACGGUCGUCAUAUAUUACUGUAUAAUUGACAAUUCGUGUACAAUAUUAUUAAAAUAAACGAUUUCUUCUUAAUAAAAA